AUGCGCCCCUCUGGGGAACAUAAGAUAGCCGCAAGCACCAAGCGAGACCGGACCAGCGCUGACACCAACAGGGUGUCAGACGGCACCAGGUUCUCGCAGAUAAAUCUGCAACAUUGCAAGGCGGCAACGGACAUCCUCCAUCACCGCCUUGUGACAAGGCAGACAGAUAUAGCCCUCAUACAAGAACCUUGGAUCUCCAAGGAACGCGUAGGAGGGCUCGAUACGAGAUGCGGCUCACUCUACUACGACGCCACAUCUACAAGACCCAGGGCCUGUAUCUUCGUCAAGAAGGAGAUAACGGCCCUGAAACUAAACGAAUACUGCACAGCGGAUCUCUCAGCGGUUAAGGUCAAACUUAACCUCGGAGGGAAUACGUCUGAGCUAGUGAUCUGCUCGGCGUACCUCCCAUAUGACUCAGAGGACCCUCCACCCACGAGGGAACUCAGAGCUCUGAUAGGCCACUGCGCAAAUAAUGGUCUGCACCUGGUGAUCGGAUGCGAUGCCAACUCGCACCAUACCGUAUGGGGCAGCACCAAUACCAAUGGCAGAGGCACAGCACUGCUAGAGUACCUCGCCACCACGGGUCUGGAGAUCCUUAACAAAGGCUCCGCCCCCACACACGUCACCUCCCGCAGACAGGAGGUAAUCGACCUGACCCUGGGCUCCGCAAAGGUGGCACAGGUUGCCAAACACUGGCAGGUUCGAGAUGAAAGCACACUCUCGGACCACCGCCUAAUUACUUUCAACUUAAAAGGCGACAGGGAAGGCGGCACUGGAGAAGCGUACAGAAACCCAAAGGCCACCAACUGGGCACUCUAUAGAGAGGGCCUGGAAGGGAGGCUUAAGGGGCACUGUCAGCGUCCCAGGACCGUAGGCGAAAUUGAGCAAGCGGUGAAGCACUUAAGCUCCGCCGUUACUCAAGCCUACGAAGUCGCCUGCCCCGCCAAAAUUGUAAGCAGUAGCAAAAGGGUCCCCUGGUAG